CAGGCUUCCAGGGCAGCCUCUCCAGGUGCUGAGGGCCUGAUUCAGCGACUAGGAGCCGACCCUCUCCACAACCCCCUCCCAAGCCUUCCUUGACUCCGACCUGCAGCCUUCUGUGGAGGGGGAGGAGGACAGGACAGGGCAGGGUUGAGAGGCCGUAGGGCAGGGCUGGGCUGUUGAGUCACGUCUCUGGGUGAGGUGGAACAUGCCAUUCCUAGCGACUGGUGGGUCACCUAAACUGGACUCCUUGUCUUGGUUUGGUCUGGGCCAAGGAUCAGAAGAUCAAGGUUUCAGAGGAGGAGGGUUCCCACGUGGAACCUAUCUCCUCUCUAGCCAAACUUGCCCCAACUUGCUAUACUGAGUGGCCCCACCCAAGUCAGCUCCACUUCAGUGUGAAGACUUGCCCCAGACUCAGCUGUCCACCCCCAGGAAGAGGAGGAGGAGGAGGAGGAAGAGCUGCCACCCAAUCCUUGGGUCCCUUGCCUGUACCCUGGGGCAGUCUCUUUGGCAGAAGAGCAUUCCCCUGACUCAGGCCCAGCCCUUCAGGAUGCUCAUCUCCUGAGAGAGGGAGGCAGGCCAAUUGCACAUCAGCCUGAGAGGCUAUGUCCCCUCCCCUAGGACCUAGUCAGGCCUUCAACAUGGCAGAGUCUCCCGGCUGCUGUUCUGUGUGGGCCCGCUGCCUCCUCGGCCUGUACAGCUGUCACUGCAAGAAACCUUCCAAAGAGAAGAUGCCUACCAGCAAGUGUGACUGUCUCUGGUUUGGCCUCCUGUCCACCACCUUCCUCCUGUCACUGGGCUGGUUGUACAUCGGGCUUAUUCUGCUCAAUGAUCUACACAAUUUCAAUGAGUUCUUGUUUCGACACUGGGGACACUGGCUGGAUUGGUCCCUCGUGCUGCUGCCCGUUGCCUCUGUACUGGUCAUAUAUUCCUCCCUGCUGCUGCUCCUGGCCCUGUUCCUUCAUCUAUGUGGGCAGCCUCUGCACCUCCACUGGCUUCACAAGGGGCUCCUGUCACUGACUGUGCUGCUAGUGGCUGCUGCCCUGGUGGGGUUGGAAAUCCAAUGGCAGGAGGAGUGGAGAAGCCUUCGCUUGUCAUUGCAGGCCACAGCCCCAUUUCUGCAUAUUGGAGCAGUGAUUGCGCUCACCCUCCUGGCCUGGCCAGUGGCUGAUGCCUUCUACAGGUCUCAGAGAAGAGGCCCCAAGGUGCUGUUACUACUCCUGUUUAUUGGCGCAGCCCUGGCUAUCUACCUGGCACCCCUGGGCAUCUCAUCACCGUGCCUAAUGGAGUCCAGACAACUCCCCCCCAAGCCCAAGCUGGUGGGGCACCGAGGGGCUCCCAUGCUGGCCCCUGAGAACACACUGAUGUCCCUCCGGAAGACCGCCGAGUGUGGGGCUUCUGUGUUUGAGACAGAUGUGAUGGUCAGCUCCGACGGAGUCCCCUUCCUCAUGCAUGACGAGCGCCUGGACAGGACAACCAAUGUGGCUUCUGUGUUCCCCACCCGAGCUGCAGGACACAGCAGUGACUUCUCUUGGGCCGAACUGAAGCAGUUAAAUGCAGGGACCUGGUUCCUGGAGAGGCAGCCAUUCUGGGGAGCCAAGAAACUCACAGGCCCUGAGCAGCAGGAAGUCGAGAACCAGAUGGUGCCAUCGCUGACUGAGCUGCUGGUGGCAGCUGCUCCCCUCAAUCUCUCCAUCAUGUUUGACUUGCGACGACCCCCACCCAACCACACGUACCACCAUGCCUUCGUCAAUUGCACCCUGGAUGCUGUUCUGAGGGCUGGGGUGCCCCAGGCCAUGGUACUGUGGCUGCCAGAUGAAGACCGGGCUGAGGUACAACUCCGAGCACCUGGACUUCGCCAAGUGUAUGGAUAUCGAAAGGAGAAUGGGACUGAGCGGCCCCAGCUCCUCAACCUGCCUUACCAGGACCUACCACUGACAGACAUCAAGCUCCUGCAGCGUGACAACGUCUCUGUGAACCUAUUUGUGGUGAACAAGCCGUGGCUCUUCUCCCUGCUCUGGUGUGCUGGGGCUGCCUCGGUCACCACCAAUGCCUGCCAGCUGCUGCAGCAGCUGUCCCAUCCAGUCUGGCUCAUUCCCCCCCAAACCUACCUGAUGAUCUGGACUGUCUCAGACUGUGUGUCUGUGCUGCUGCUUCUCUGGAUCUUCUUCCUACAGGGGAAAUGUGCCAGGGAGAGAAAGCAACCCGUCUCAGAGACUGCUGUGCUGCUGACCAAGAUAAACAUCAUGCUGGAAUGAGUGAGGUGCCACCUCACCCUCACCCCACCCCCUCUGUAGCCUCCGGCUUGCCUGCCUCCACUGGCCUCUGACCACUGAGCCCAAGAUGCUGCUGCUGCUGCUGCUGGACUGCUGCUUUGGGUGGAUGGGAUGGAGAGCGAUUGGGCACAGGAAGCUGGCGAAC